CUUGUGAAGGUUUUCCUGGUGACGAUUUGUUGGCAUUUGGUUCCAUCUGGUUUCAUUGAGUGUUUUGGCCAGCUGCAAAUUUCAACAACUACUUUGCUUUCAAUCGUAAUCUCCAUCGCAAGCCAUGUCUCACACAAUCCUGCUCGUCCAGCCAACUAAGAGACCAGAGGGGAGGACAUAUGCAGACUAUGAGUCUGUAAACGAAUGCAUGGAGGGUGUGUGUAAGAUGUAUGAGGAGCAUUUGAAAAGGAUGAACCCCAACAGUCCCUCCAUCACAUAUGACAUCAGCCAGCUGUUUGACUUUGUGGAUGACCUGGCAGAUCUAAGCUGUCUUGUCUAUCGUGCGGACACACAGACCUACCAGCCCUACAACAAAGACUGGAUCAAAGAGAAGAUCUAUGUCCUCCUCAGACGCCAGGCUCAGCAGGCUGGGAAGUAGGACCAGAGGAGGAGUGGCUGUCUGGCUGUUGAUGUGGUGUGUGUGUGUGUGUGUGUGCGUACGUAUGUGUGUGUGGUGUGAAAAAGGCGUUUGAUAUGAGAUUUUUUUUGGAGAAGGGAUUUAUGUGAACGGCGUGGCUAAGGCACUGGAGAGGGGAGAGGGCGGAAAAUGCACCUCUCUCUGUGUCGUCCUUUUUCGUUAAGUUCUCCAAUUAUACGUCAUCACUUGGUUGGUGUCCCUUGAUUGUACGUUCCUUCUAAUUUAUCAUUAGUGACCACUACCCUGGUAGAUGCUGACUUUGGUAGGGCUAUGCAGGAUCUGUGUCAGAUUGCUGCCAGAUACCUUUUGGAUUCAGCCUCUCGGGGAGAACAGCUUCCUUUGUUAUAUCUCCUCGCUCUUUAUUUAACAUCAUUUUAUGUGGCAUUACAUCCCUCAUGGGUCCCUCAAACAUCUCUCUGGCUCUUUGUCCGCCUGUCCUCUUGGCUGAAGUCCACAAGUCAGUUCCACUGGCAUGAUGGUUGUCCAAGUGUCGUUGGGUUGUUUUCCGCCUUCCUCUCUCAGGUGUUUCCCCAGUCUGUGUCCAAAUUGUCCUGGCCAACUGUCAGAUAGCUGACAGUGUUAAUGUAACAACAGAAAUGCUACUAAAUGCUAACUGCGAUGCAAGUUUGUUGUGCUGAAGGGAAGAAACCCCUUAUUAGCAAGACACUUUCUGUGCUGGUGGCAGUUAAAUUUAGUAAUUGUUAGAAGAAGAAAAAAACAUGAAACCCCUAAAAUGGAGGGUGGAGUUGCGGAGGGAGUAAAAUUCUAAAUUUUCACUAUGGCAACAUUAGUGAAAAAGACAAGGAGGGAAAGGAGUUGUUUGUCAAAGAAUCACUGCCACUAAACUGUGUUCCAGACGGUAUUUGAAGUCUGUUACAUGAUAAGUUGGAUUUUGUUCUAUCUUAUAUACUUCCUAGCUAUACACUGUAUUAUGAAGUGUUUCAGUGUUGAUAGUUUUUUUUUUUUUUUUUUACUGGAAAAGGAUGAAUGUAAAAUGUGACAAAAUCUGAAACUUAAGCAUGCCUGUUGAUUUCUUUCUCUUUUUUUAUACAUAUUACUAUGGAUAUGAUUGACAUAUAUUUGUAGUCUUUUUAAAGUGAUCUUAAACAACAUAUUUGGCCAUAGGAAAAGAAAGGAAGAAGCAAACAAUCCUUGCGUUACAGACAUUGGUUGAGAGGCUCAUUUGCAAUUUUAUUCUGCACUUGAGCGCUAUUGGUGAAAUUCAUUGACUGUAAAGAACCCUCUUUUUUUUCAGUUUUGGACCAUUGGCUCUUUCUAGCCAGAUCUGUAUUCCUUUUGUUCAUCCCAAGAUUCAGUUCCAUUUCCUCAGUUGUGUACUGUAACUAGUAGUUGCUUUGACAUUUUGGUGAAAAAGAAAACCAUACAGGACUCCGUAACAACCAUUUCACUCUGUUAUGCCGUUGGUUCCAAGAUGGUGUGCAAGAUGGUGUGUCAAUACCUUUUCUUUUUUUAUAUAUACACAUAACAGUGUGUUUCGUAUAUGACCUGAAUUAUUUGCCUUCAAUCUAGUUUGAUUUAUUGUGGAACCAUUCAUUAAAAAAAAAUAAAAUGAUCUUGUCAGAA